AUCAUCAGUGACCAUGAGCUGUCCGGGUCGGCGAGAAAUCGGGUGACAAGAACGGGCCAACAGCAACCUCCAGCCGUACCUAGCUGUAAAGGCCCACAUUAAACAUGGCAUAGAAGACCAACAACGCUCCGUAGCUUCAUCAUUUCCGUCCAUUCUCGCUGUGGCUGGAAACGAAUUUCUCUCUCCAAUUUGUCUUCCUCAGCAUCACAGUUCUCGAGAGGGACAGGGACAGGGAGAAACAUAGAGUGCUGUGAAGAAGAUGAGGGAGAUCAUCAGCGUGCAUAUCGGACAGGCUGGGAUUCAGGUCGGCAACUCCUGCUGGGAGCUCUAUUGCCUCGAGCAUGGCAUUCAGCCCGAUGGCAGGAUGCCUAGUGACACGUCUGAAGGAGUCGCAAAUGAUUCAUUCAACACAUUCUUCAGUGAAACUAGUGCGGGCAAACAUGUACCCAGAGCUGUGUUUGUUGACCUUGAGCCAACUGUUAUAGAUGAAGUGAGAACUGGAACAUACAGACAGCUCUUUCAUCCUGAGCAACUCAUUUCUGGAAAGGAGGAUGCCGCUAAUAACUUUGCCAGGGGACAUUACACAGUGGGGAAAGACAUCAUUGAUGUGUGUCUCGACCGGGUGAGAAAGUUGGCUGACAACUGCACUGGUUUGCAAGGUUUUUUGGUCUUUAAUGCUGCUGGAGGUGGUACUGGCUCUGGUUUAGGGUCCCUGCUUCUGGAACGUCUUUCUGUAGACUAUGGAAAGAAGUCUAAACUUGGAUUUACCAUAUAUCCUUCUCCACAGGUAUCAACUGCAGUGGUAGAACCAUACAAUAGUGUUUUGUCUACUCAUGCCCUCCUUGAACACACGGACGUUGUCAUUUUGUUGGACAAUGAAGCAAUAUAUGACAUCUGCAGGAAGUCCUUAGACAUUGAAAGGCCCAACUACACAAACCUCAACCGUUUGAUUUCACAAGUCAUCUCAUCAUUGACGACUUCUUUAAGGUUUGAUGGAGCCAUAAAUGUGGACAUCACUGAAUUCCAGACCAACCUCGUACCUUAUCCUCGGAUUCAUUUCAUGCUUUCUUCAUAUGCACCUGUUAUCUCCUCUGCCAAAGCCUAUCAUGAGCAGCUGUCUGUUCCUGAGAUCACAAAUGCUGUUUUUGAGCCGUCAAGCAUGAUGGCUAAGUGUGACCCAAGACACGGUAAAUACAUGGCAUGUUGUCUGAUGUAUCGCGGAGAUGUUGUUCCUAAGGAUGUCAAUGCAGCUGUAUCUACCAUCAAAACAAAAAGGACUGUUCAGUUUGUUGAUUGGUGCCCUACGGGUUUCAAGUGUGGAAUCAACUAUCAGCCCCCGACUGUGGUGCCCGGAGGUGAUCUUGCUCGUGUUCAGCGUGCAGUCUGCAUGAUAAGCAACAAUACCGCUGUGGCUGAGGUCUUCUCCCGAAUUGACCACAAGUUUGACCUCAUGUAUUCCAAACGUGCGUUUGUCCACUGGUACGUUGGUGAGGGUAUGGAGGAAGGAGAAUUCUCUGAAGCUCGUGAGGAUCUUGCGGCUCUUGAAAAAGAUUAUGAGGAGGUUGGAGCUGAAGGAGUAGACGAAGAAGAUGAAGGAGAAGAUUAUUGAAAGCAUAGUACCUUCCCACUCCCUGUAAACAAUAAUAAUAUCAACUGUAUCUUCAUGUUUGUCAUAUGCUUUUAAUCUUUUGUUUAAUACUAGCAGUUCAUUGAACUCCUGGUUUAUCUAGAUCUUGAUAUUCAUGUCUUUCAAUUCAGCUUCUACAUGACAUCUGACUUCUGUUAUGCCUUUUCAUGGUACGGCAAAAUUAUGUAUUUAUUUGUUAUGAGAAAAUCAG